CGAACCGUUUUGAAAGGACGGGACGUCCUCUGGCUGGGUUUUUUCAACCAAUGAAAGUGAGCACGCCACACAGAUUUUCCCUCAUUUCUCGUUCUUGUUCAAUACACUUUUCGCCAAGCAAUAAGUUAUUAUAGCCAAACCACGGUCGAGAGUUUUACUGAAGUGGAUGCGUCAGGCCAGACCUCGACAGUAGGGGAAAAAAAUAAAUAUUCAAGAAAAAAGAAAUGGACGCGACGCCAUUGGCCCAGGUGUGGCGAGCGUCGUCAUAGCGACGGAAGCCCGACGCCAAUCUGGAUAAACCAAUCGCUGGGACCUCCGCACGCUAACAUUUUCCCGACAUGCUGGGACUGGACUGAAAAUGCAUACCAUUUUUCUUUUUGGUUUUUGUUUGUUGCAGUGGGUGGUAGAAGUGGGCGGAAGAAGAGGAGUAAGGAGGAUUAACCUGAAAAAAAAAGAAAAAGAAAAACAUACACAGACACAAAAGAGGGAGAGGGCUCCCGCCGACAACAGCAGCCAACCGGGGCAGAAUCAGGUGAGUUGGGUGGUUGUGGGUGGAAAGAAAAACUACCGUGUACGAACUACUAUAGUAGUACACACUGCGUUUUAGUUAUACUAGCUGGAUUUUCCCAAUCCGCAGCGCACCAGCAACAGACUGGAACUCUCCUCCCCCUAAGGCCAUCCAACAGCUAUAUCUCCACCCCCUUGUCUUUCUCUCACAUUUCUAUCUCCAUAUGGACGGGCCCUUUUUUUUAUAUAUUUAUAUAUCUAGUCUACCUAUACCUACUACUACCUUUACUACCUUUAUCUCCUCUGAUGUGUGUGUGGCUAGAAGCCAACUGCUUUUUUUCUUGUUUCUUCUUUCCUUUUCUCUCUUUAUUUUUUAUAUUUUUUUUUGAAGGGUUGAUUUUUUUCUCUACCUCCACCUGGGUGUCUUGCAAGGUGUUACAGCCCCCCACCAAAAAAAAAAAAGAAAAAGGAGAGAGAAGGAGGAGCUCUCUUUUUUAUUUUAUUAUAUAUAUAUAUAUUUUUUUUUGUGUGUUUCAAACUCAGACAGUGAAGUGUCUUAUGCGAGUCGCAGUGCCACACGACCGGCUAGUUCAAGUCCUGACGCCGCCGUGCUCAGGUGUGCAAAUCUAUUCACCUCUCCGAAAAUCCCAAAUCUCAAUCCGUAAAAAACCUCUGACACGAAAAAGUCAACUAUCGCCCGUACGCGCAAACAGUCGCAAUCAGUUACCGCUGCCGGUGUGUUUUGAUAGUUUAUUUUAACAAACACGGAUAUUUUGUAUUCACGCAUUUCUCCUAUCCCAUGCGGGUUUUUUUUAUUUUUAUUUUAUUUUUUUAAAUAUUUUAAUUUGACAACGUGCAAAAGUGGUCAGUUAUUCCCUGAUUUAUUCAUCACGAAAAAAACAAACAAAAAUACCCCGAGUUCGUAUGGUGUUUGUUUGCUGUGUUUGAUUGGUGUCACAAUCUCCCGUGGAAUAAAAAAAAACUCGACAAUUUGUUUAUUCCGGAAUCCGAAAAUUGUUUGUGUAACACACACACACACACACACACACACAAAAAAGGAAAGUGAUUCUCUCUACUUCGAAGAUGUACGAAAAUUCGUCGUCACCCGUGUCAGCUCGCCAGCAACAAGAGGCCGAAAUCAUUCGGCGGAUGAGCGCCGCUCGAUCCAGCGCUUUCAACGUUGUUGCACCUUAUUCACUAGAAGCUCAGCAACAACACGUUAGCAAAGAUAUCGACGGCGGCUAUGGAGCCAAUCCGUUCCUAGGCUCAUUCGGCCUACUGUCGACAUCAUGGUUAGUGUGGUCAUUGCAGCAGCAACAACAACAACAACAACAACAAUCGCAACAGAAUGGAACGGCAGCGAAUUCACCUAAUCCGUUUUUCUACCCGUUCGGUGCUGGCCAUCCCCUUCUGCCCAGCGCUGCAUUUCUCCGCGCAUCUCUAGCGUCGGCCAACCGACCGACUGAACCAGCAUCUCAAGUAUCCCCUGCAUCAGAAGUGCAAGCGAAUAGCAAGUGCCGAUCGAUGGCGCCGCAACAGCCGGCCCCCGAAACGCCGCUCAAUUUGAGCACUAAGCCUAAGGCUAAAGGGAUAUGGUCGCCGGCCAGCUUGUGCGAAGAAGAGCAGAGCAGACGGACAACGACCAGCAUCGGAAAAAUGGCCGCCGCGCCUACCGCCACGACAACUACGGCGGCGAGUUCGCCGGAUCGAUGCGACUCUCCACACAAAGCGACGUCACCGGAUUCGCCUCCGCCCAGCGGACGUAGAUCUUCCGAAGCGGAAGACACCAGUCCUUAUCACUACCGGACAACAUCAGCUUCUAAUAACGCGACGGCUCGAUUCGCCCGUGGCCCGACGGCCGCCGCUCUCUUCCGGCCAUUCGACCCGUUUUACAACAUGCGAUUACCUGGUCAUGGCGCAAUGGGUGGCAGCUGGAAGACGGCCGAUGAUCACCAUCAGAUUCAUCAUCAUCAAUACCAUCAGGAGCCUCAGCACAGUCCGCAAGACAGUCGGCAGAGUUCCGGCGGGGAGGAGAGCGUCUACUCGGACAACACAAAAGAUGAGGACAUGACGGCCCAUUUUUGCCGUAGUUGUGAUCAAUCUUUUACCUCCGCUCACGCUCUCGAAUCGCACGUGCGUCAAAAUCACUGCGACGUCAUGAUGGACGGCUCUUCCGUCAGCGGAGACGGUGCUGGACACCAAAGAGUUUCAAUGGGCGCGUUCCCUUGCUCCCGCUGUCCUAAAGUUUUUGAAAUUGGCGCCAGUCUCGAACAGCAUCUAGCCACGCAUCACGCCUCACGCUCGUUCCAGUGUAAACAAUGCGGCAAGACGUUUAAACGGUCAUCAACGUUAUCGACGCAUCUGCUUAUUCAUUCUGAUACGAGACCUUAUCCAUGCCAGUAUUGCGGCAAACGGUUUCAUCAGAAAUCCGAUAUGAAGAAACACACCUAUAUCCAUACAGGUGAAAAGCCUCACAAAUGCAUCGUGUGCAGUAAAGCCUUCAGCCAGUCGUCCAAUCUGAUCACCCACAUGCGCAAGCACACUGGAUACAAGCCGUUCGCUUGCGGUCUGUGCGACAAGGCCUUCCAGCGCAAGGUCGACCUGCGGCGGCACCGCGACAGCCAGCACCCGGCCAUGGCCCACCUGCCGCUCCCGCCGCCCCUCCCACUCAACAAAAGCGAGCGGACAAACGUCAGCAACGUUACACUUAGCAGCACUGCCACCACCAUCGCUUGAAAAAUGAUUAUUUUCCGCUGUCAUCUUUUUUAUUUUGGAAACAAAGAAGAAAUGGAACCAGAUAAGACGACGAUGUCAACCAAAAUGAGAAAAAAGGAAACGAAACAAAAGACUAACGGGGCUGAUACAUUGACCUUAUCAAAGUAUUCACAGCCGUCGGCUGGACUCUGGCUUCAAUUUGACCGUUUCCAACUGAAUGAUUUCUAAAGGAGAUGAAGUAAUGGCCGUGACAGUUGAUAUACAUUUAUACAUCACCAUACGUACAGUACACAUAUUGGAAGAAGAUAUGGUUUAGGUACAGAAUCUGACAACACACAAUGCGUGCCUUUAUUCGACAUUCAAAUGAUUUAAUGAUUUUUCGGAAAAAAAAAAAAAUAAUAAUUACCAAAACAAAAGUAUUUAAUAUAAGGUGUAUAGAUCAACUUGUUGCUCUAUAGCUCACUCACUCAAUCAACGGCUCACAGAUUCACACCAUCCACAUUCUCCCCCCCUUUUUGUAUACCAAUGUAGUCCGUCUUUUUUUUUCUUUCACGAAUCGCUUUUUCUUUCUAGUCUCUUAUUAUGUAAAUGCGCGCCUUUUUUAAAUGUGAAAAAUCAAUUGUUGCGUCACUUGUCUGUUUAGGCCGAAUAAUGUUUUCACUGUCUGUAAUUAUUCAACGCAUUUGAUAAAUCAUUUUUCCUUUGAGCUAAUUCACAAUUCACCCUUUUAACCAAACACCUCCAAAACUGAAUGACUGUAUUUAUGUAAUUGCUUGUCAUUUUUAUUUCCCUUAAAUUGUAAUGCCCAGUAGUCCAUAUUUACCAGAGUUACCAAUAAUGAGACAAAGAGGAAAGAA